ACCCACAUUUAACAAUGGCGCUUUCUUCUGCAGAUAUCAACGAGUUUCUUGAUGAAAAUGUUGGCAGCAAUUACAAGAUAUUACCAGACGUUUUGGAAAGACUCAAAAAAGAGAGAAAAAUCCUUUCGAAUCAACUUUCUGGUAGAGGAGAAGGAGCAGAAAAGGGUGACUGGCAGAAAGUCAUGAGAGAGAUCAGGCUAGCCAUCACCGAGUUAGAGUCACUGAAAGGAAGAAUACUUACCCUCAAAGAAGAUAUAACAACCGAAGAAGAAAAGAUGAGAGAAGGAAAAGAAAAUAUUGGCAUGAAGGAGCUUGUACCGCUACUGAAAGAACUUGAUGAGAUAGAGCGACUGAGAAAAUAUUUAUUAUGGAUAAAUAGAGUUCAAAAAUUGAGUUCUAGAAUUUUGUCCUGUGGAAGUAAAGAUGGUGAGAUAGAGGAGGCCAUUAAAGAUUUUGUGGAGUUAGUAUCUGUUUCGGAGACUCUCUCAUCCUCUUACUGCUCUAAUCUUAAGAUGCAUGCAAGGACAAUGUGUGAGAAGAGAAGAAACGAAUUGAAAGAGAAAGUAUCACAUAAUUUUGAUGAGUUACUAAAGACAAUUAACUGGCCUAUCACAAAAGACACUUCAGCAAAGUCCCUUCAACUUUGGCAGCAAAAGCAAGUCCUCUUUGCAGCUAAUUUCAAGCAACUCCUGGCCAUCGAUCAGACUGAGAGUGAAACUCGGGAUAUUCCAAAAAUGGAGGACACUCUACCACUUCCUAUUGAUCUACUCUUAUCUCCACUUCGUAAGAGAUUCAAGUAUCACUUUUGUGGAAACAGACAAACCAAUUCAAAGGAAAAACCAGAGUGGUUUUUUACUCAAGUCUCAACGUGGAUAACAGACCACACUCACUUUAUAGAGACUGAAGUCCAACCCACUUUACUCGAGUGUUCCAAAAUUAAAAUAAAUGCUAAGGUUGAAUUUAUUCGUGGUCUUUUACAAGAAAUAGUCCAAAAGCUCCGUCAUGAUUUAGACCCCUCCCACCACUCCCAGGGCCAAUGUCUGCUUGAUGACGACUACCUCACGUCUCACCUGAUUGACGAGCUCCUCUUAUUUGAGAAAGAGCUGCACGAGGUACAUCACUACCCUCUCCUCUAUCCCAGCGUCAUUCUUGUAUUCCAAGACGAAGCUCCUCUUUGUCGCUGGCUGAAUUUAGAGAGACAAUUUGCUGCCGAAAGAUUGAAAGUUAUAUCAGAGUCACCGACCUCAUGGGAUUCUCUAUACACUGACAGACUAACUGAUUCAUCCACUAGUAGGGAAUUGGUCCCUGAAUGUGCUGAGAAACUAAUGCAAAUAAUUGCUGGAAUCACUGAAAGAUUCAGAUGCAUUCCUUCUCUAUACAUAAGGCUCCAGUUCCUGCAGCUUCAGGUCGAUCUCUUGUUAGAGUUCCAAAGAGAUUUGGCUGAUAAUGUCAGCAAAGUCCAGUCCACCCCAUUGAGUAAUAGGUUCUCAGCCUACCUCAACGCAGCAGACUAUAUGGUCUCUCUACUACAGAAAUGGGGAGAGGAGACCUUCUUUUUAGAGUUGCAUUAUUAUACUCAGCAAUUGAGAUCAGACGACAAAAGAUUCAGAAAAGGCGUGAUUGGUGAUGUACUCCGUCAGAUUGAGUCACUCCGGAAGAUUGAUCAUGAUUAUGCUCAACUUGAGGGAACUGCAUUUGAUACUGUGAUUGAAGCAUUCACGGGACUCGCUGAGAACAUGAAGGAGAAACUAAUAGGACAUGUGACAAGGAUUGCAAGGAGAAAUAUAGCUGAUUAUAAGAGAGAAAGGUGGCAUAAUCUUACAUUAAUCAAAGGGAUGUCGGAAUUAGAAGUAUCUCAUUCUCUCAGUUUGUUUCUUCAGAAAUUGCAAUACACACUACACAGCAUAAGAGCUUCUAUCAAUGCCUCACUCUUGGACGAGAUCUUUGAUAAAAUUUGCACUUGUAUCGACAAUAUAUUUCUACAACAGGUUAUCUGUAGUAAUAGUUUUAAUGAUGAUGGUAGUUCGCAGUUACAUUAUGACAUGUCACGUGUGCUGUCUCCACUCCUUUCUCAGUAUAUGAACAGACAAGCCACCAGCAAUCCAAUACUAAAGACAGUUGAUGCUGCCUGUCUAUUGGAUCAUGAUCCAGUUGCUAUUCAAUUGCUGCAGCAUCUCUCAAGAGAAGCUCUGAAUGGAGACAAGGAGGCUGAGGAAGAGAUGUGGAAGACACUGAAGGCCUGGAACAUUCAUUCUCUUGAUAUUGCUCAAGUUUCCACCAUUGCAAAUUUGAGGAUUGUUCAAUAAAGAAAGGACUCAACUUAGGCAAUUUUAAUUUCACAAAAAAGUUUUAAUAUUAAAAAUUCAAAAAAUAAUUAU